AUGGAAAAACUCCAGGACUCUCCAGAGGGUGGAACACUCCCUACCCUCCAGGAUAUCUACAGCACCCGGUGUCACAUGAAGGCCAAGAAGACCAUCAAGGACCUCAGCCACCUGAGCCACGGCCUGUUCACCCUCCUACCUUCUAGAAGGAGGAGACAGUACAGACCCUGGUGCCAAUCCUGCAGGGUUGAGAAUGGCUGCUUCAUGGUCUACGACCGCAACAACUACAUGGGAAACCAGUACUUCAUAAGGAGGGGCGACUACCCCGACUACAUGCGCAACUUUGGAAUGAGUGAUUGCAUCAAGUCCUGUCACAUGAUCCCCAUGCACAGAGGAAACUACAGGAUGAGGAUCUACGAGAGAGAGAACUUUGGAGGUCAGAUGCACGAGAUGAUGGACGACUGUGACUCCAUCAUGGAUCGCUACCGCAUGUCCGACUGCCAGUCCUGCAACGUGAUGGAAGGCCACUGGCUGAUGUACGAGCAGAACCACUUCAGAGGCAGGAUGAGGUACAUGAGGCCUGGAGAGUGCAAGAACUUCAGCAGCGGCAUGGGAAUGGGAGGCAUGAGAGGUAUGAGGUUCAUGAGCAUGAGGCGUAUCAUGGACUCCUGGUACUAA